AUGCUGAGGUCAUUUGAACCCGGGCUCCCGCCUAAGCUUACGUCGGCCGCAGCAGCAGCGGCGAGGAUGCCGAAACUUGGAACAAUUGAGCUUUGUAAUGGAAGAAAGGGAUUGGAAGCAACUUUGCAGUACCGGGGAGGUGUUGGCGUAACUGGGAAAGUGACAUGGGAGCUGUUCCUCGAGCUUGAUGUGAUAAAAGCAGGGGAAGCCGUUGCGUUCAAGUACCAUUCUCGUGGCUUAUUCGUUAUGAGCAAGGAUAUUCUGGGCUUUGGCGCAAACGUUGAGCUUUACGGCGAUGCAAUCGAGUAUUUGAAGCUUGUUAAUCCGGUAAUUCGACUUAUUUCGCUACAGUAG